AUGCUCCAAGGAGUGCACGGACCGCAUGCGCGGUGGCUUUUCUCGGAACAUCAUGAGGCACCACUGUGGUGCCUUGGUAACGAGAAAGUGGUGAAAUGGACUGGGGCAGGACGGGAUCUCUUGGUGAAGAAGCCUAUUCUUCUCUCGCAAGUCACUGGCCGCGCCGAAGCAGGUGCAGACUUGACGAGCUUUAGCAGUGAUGUGACCGAGUCGGCCGUGGCCUGUGAGGCUGCUUCCACACCCUUCUUGCACAGGGCGUUAGCAAACAAGAUGUGCCGUGGCGUCGUGAGCGCGGUGGAGUUCUAUCAAUGUGGUGACGCCUGUGUGUAUGACUUCGAGCAGCCGGAGAAGAUCGAGUUCGUCUAUAACGAGGAGAAGAAAUGCUAUGCUGAGAAGCAGCACAAGAGCCAACUCUGCGAGGCGGAGCUUUGCCAUCCCUUUAUUCCCGACCUCACGGAGAAUAUCAUGCUCCGUGGCGAGGCGGGGGCCAAUGGACAGGAUCAUUCUCCUGACGCCAAAGGCUGCGAGGAAGUGGCGGGCGGGGCACUGGGCGGGAGGGCGGUGUACGGCGAUCGUGCGGCACCCAUCCAGUGGUCGUUCUUCUUCGGUGUACGGGGGACGAAUGAGCUAGUGGGUCGCGCGAGUUCGCAGCUUGUCGUGUUCAAACACUGUGGUGCUUGGUGCCUCUUUGACUACGAUGAGCCAGACAAGGUCUCCUACGCAUGGGACGACAAGCAGCAGUGCUGGAAGCAAGGAGGUUGUGUUGGCCAUCCAGAGCAGCAGUAUGCGGUGGAACGCCGCAACAAAGCCUGUGAGGCCUGGGACAAAGAGAAGCAGUGCUUCGAGCCCGGAGGCAAGUGCCAGGGACACAAGGAGCAAGCCGUGGUAGUUCAACGAAAAGGCGCCAUGUGCGAGGCCCUUGCAGCAGGUGUGGAGACCCCACUGUGCUAUCCGGUCGCUGCGAAACUCACUCCAGCGGUGAUGUACCGCUACUGCCAGCGGGCUGAACGUCGUGAGGGGAGGAUGAAGAUGGAUGAAGGAUUUCAAGCUUGCUGCCUCGCACAGCUUUUUCGGGGUGUCCGCGCGCACCAUCCGUUGCCCUGCCCAAAGGGUGCUUUCCCGAAUUGGUGCUCUUCAGCGAUGAAAGGUGACAAGCUCUCGACGAAUGGGGAAGACCGAAGCCCAGAAGCCAAAGGUGGGUGUCUGGGACACCCGGAGCAGAAGCUGGCCACCGAACGGAAGAAAGACUUCUGCGAGGCGGGUGGAGCUCUCAUCGUUGAAGGCAUUGACAAGAGUAUCAAUGCCAAAGGUUGCGAGGAGGUCCAUACCCCUCAGGUGCAGAUGGCCUUGGCCAACAAGAUGUUCACAGGUUGUGCAUCACCUUGCAUUUUUGACUUCAUGAUGCCUCACCUGGCGGCCUUCCAAUGGGACAAGAUCCAUUUCUGCUGGAAAAAAAUAGAACGUUGUGGAGCAACUGGUGAGCAGGAUGCCGUGGUGGCGCGAAAGCGAUCCGUGUGCGAGGCACCUGCAGGGCCGUGCUUGCCGGUCUAUCCCACACUCACGGAUGAGCUCGUGAGCAAGCACUGUACUCCUGGAUCCACCGCUGAGAAGUUCGCCUCUGCUGUGGGCUGCGACAUGACUUACACGUACCAGGUGCGACGUUCCUUGGCGAACUUGAUGUUUGAACAAUGCAGCUCCCGAUGCCUAUUUGACUUCGACAACCCCAAAGUGGCCUAUGCCUGGAUUGAAGGCAACAGCUGUUGGCUGAAGACAGACCAUUGCGGCUUCCGCUACGAGCAGCAGGGCGCCCUGCUGCGCAAGAAGAGUUUCUGCAAGGACGAGCGCAUCAGAGUGAACGAGGAGAGGGGGAAGACAGAGACGGCGAGCGCAUCGCCCCGUGUCCUGGGCUUCAGCUGCUUGGUGACCCGCUCUCUGCGGCAGAGUUGUGAUGGCUGUGUGCCGUUCUCCGGGAAACUCUCCAAUGAUUUCAUGAAACAGCAAUGCGGUGAUUUGCUGCACUAUCCAGUGGACAUCAGCGAGCAUGCAAGGGCAUGCCACUUCACCGACACGCCCAUGGUAAAGAAAGCCUUGGCAAAUCUCAUGUUUAGCCAGUGUGGUGCGCAAUGCCUUUUCGACUAUGACUUUCCUCAUGGACGAUGGUACGGCUGGAAUGCACAGUCACACUGCUACGAGAAGAACCCAGCAGGCUGUAAGGGCACUGAGGCCCAAGCUUUCGCCAUCGAACGAAAAGCCUUGGCCUGCAAGGCGAACCGCCGGUUAGCUGGAUGGCAGGGCGGGACCUCGCCGCCUUGUCACCGUUUGGGCUUCGGAAAAUGGAUUGAUCCGUCCGCGGGGAGGGACCUGAAACCAGCCGCGGAGGCGCCGUCCGAACCACCCGAAUUGACCUUUCAGGAUCUUCAGGAAGACUGCACCCCGGUUCAGCCGGCCUUGAGCAGUGCUUUGAUGAACACCUACUGUGAAGGCAAGCCGAGCCAGUUGUCUACAGCAAGGGCCUGUGAUGGCGCGAUGACGGUCUUCUUGCAGAAGGCUUUGGCCAAUUUUAUGUUCAAAAGCUGCGGUGAGGCCAGCUGCGUGUUCGACUUCGAUCAGCCCGACCAGAUCGUCUAUCAGUGGGAUUCAAGCAAAGGUUGCUAUGAGGCUGGAGGUGCAGGGAACCCUUGCUUUGGUUCUGUGGACCAAGCUUUGGCCAUUAAGAAGAAGUCGAAGAUGUGCCAGGACGCUGGAUGCAUCCAUAUGGUUCCGACCUUCAGCAAUGCCCUGAUGACGCGGUACUGUGGCGACUUGAGCCGCACGGGCGAGGAUCGCAGCAUCACCGCGCAGGGCUGUGAAGAUGACACGAUCGCGGUGCAGAAGUCUCUGGUGAAUCACAUGUUCAGCCAUUGUGGCACCUGGUGCAUCUUCGACUUCGAUGAUCCUGCCAUCUCUUAUGGAUGGUGGCCUGAAAAGAAGUGCUGGCAGCGAGGAGGUUGUGAGGGCCACCCUGAAGGCAGUGUGGCCAAGGAGGUCAAGGCCAAGUCUUGUGAGUUGACGACUACAACGACCACCAGCACCAGCACUUCCACCUCAACGACCACCACCUCAACGUCAACGACCUCGACCUCGACCACGACCAUCACAAGUACCUCCACGACAACCACGAGCACCUCUACAGUCACCAGCACCACAACCACCAGCACCAGCACCAUCACCUCCACGACCACCACCUCAACGUCCACCAGCACGACUACGACAAGCACGACCACUAUCACGUCUACCACGACCACCAGCACCAGCACAACAACAGAGACCAGCACAACCACCACGUUGACAACUACAUCCACCACUACUAUCACAACCACCACCGCGACGGACCACCACAACGACCUCAACGAGCACCGAGACCAGCACUACAACAACCUCCACCAGCACAUCGACCUCUACCUCGACAACGACCACCACAAGCACCCUGACUUCGACAACCACCUCGACAUCAACAAGCACCACAACUUCCACCGUGACCUCCACCACGACCACCUCCACCAGCACCAUCACCACAACGUCCACUGUCACCUCAACGACGACCACCACCAUCACCUCCACCACGACAACUACCACCACGCAGACUUCCACCACAACGACCACCUCCACCACGACGACCACUACAUCCACCUCGACGUCGACGACCAGCAUUACAUCCACCUCCACCAGUACCACCAGCACAAGCACGACUACCUUCACCAAGACCACCACAGCACUGCCAGCGACCUGCGGCAUUUGUGA